AUGGGCGAUUGUAACAACUACAGACACAAUCAAGCGACCGGGCACACCCCAGCUCAACAUUUUGGCAUGCAAACGAUCACCCAGGGUUACGAUGUAAUGAUGCAACAACAAAACGUAAUUUACGGAAAUGUUUCCAAUCAAGCCAUACCAAAUCAAAAUAUUCGUCACCAAAUUUAUUAUCCACAACAGCAACAACAAAUUGCAGCAAAUAACGUUCAGCAACCGUCAUAUAGGCCACUCACAAACAUUCAACAGAUGGGAAUUACCGUGGAACAGCAAGCCGCGCACAAACGGAUGAUCGAACAACAACUUAAGCAACAAAAAUUACUCAUAGAACAAGAGAAAGAGUUUAAACGCAAGCAGUACUUUCAAGAGCAAAAAGAACGUUUAAAAGCAAUUAGCACUAAGAAAUCUCAAAGUAACACUAUUAGCCAGAUGCCAUCCGUAUCGGGAGUCACAACUCCGGAUUUAUCAUCACAAACACAAAUUUCAUUUAACGCGAUGUGGGAGAGGACAACAGAUAGCGUUAUUAACGCAUCCCCCAAGAAUCAGAAGCAAGUAGGUGCCCCUUCUGCGCUUAACACCAAAGCCGGCAUUAGCACUGCGCCUACCAAUUUUUCAAUGCAGUCAUCAAUGAGUGAUGUACGAAUGAUUUCUAUCCCCAAUGCUCUUCACGGGCCAAUACCAACGACAGAUGACUUUUCUAACUUUCAACAAGCUAUUGGCUCUAGUGAAUUUACCAAUGGAUCGCAGUAUGGCAAAACUUCAAGUAAUAUUGUUACUUCUAAUGCAUUAACGGAAAAUCAAACUCUAUCACCUCUACAAAACCCUACAUUAGCAACAUCGAAUGCAAUACAAGGCGAAGAUGAUUUUGGAGAUUUCAUGACAGGAUUUUCUGAUGAAAGUUCCCAAAAUCAUCAACUUUCUCAUGAACAGACACCCUGCCAAAUAGCUUCAAUUGCUGAGAGUAAAUAUCCUGAAGGAUCAUUUACCGUAAUUUCCCAAUCAAAAUCCGAUAAUGAUUCGCUGACGAAGUAUACUAAGCAAUCACUUGCAAAAACUUCUCUAACGCAGCAAGUCAUAUCUGACAAGAAUGGAAAGUUUCCAGAAGUAAUUUCAAGUACUGUGGCUAAGAGUCAAAAAAGUUCCAUUACGUCUACGAUAAAGAAUGAAAGUUUGUUAGGUAUCAAUAAUACCGUCUCCAGAGCUGCUGGCGCGCUAGAUAAUCACACAGAAAUUAAUUUCACGUAUCCAAGUUGGUGCUUGCAAGAUUCAGAAAUUCCACAGUUGUAUAAGAGAGUUUAUGAAGUGGUUGCAGCUCCCAAUGGUGAUGUUACCACUACAAAGAUUAAAUCGAUUCUACUAUCUUCCGGUGUUAACAAGAAAACGUUAUAUAAAAUCUGGGAAACAUCGAACCGUGAGCAACCUGGUACCCUUAAACGGCAGGAAUUAUAUCUAGCUCUUGGUCUAGUAGCUUUAGCUCAAGCUGGCUGCGAAAUUGAUCAAUUGAUGUCUUCGUUUAAGACUUGUUCAUCAGCUCCCAUUCCUAAAAUUAAGCUGGAUAAUGACAUUCUAACCACUGAAACAGCCUCAAGCGAGCGUACUAAGGGUGAAACUGCGUUACCAUCGUUUCAAUUACCAAAGUAUAACGCUACAGACAAUCCCGAAGCAGACCUGCAGCCUGGUAUUGAGCCUACCGUUUUCACAAAAAAUAUUGAAACUAAGAAUUGGCAAGCCUUUUCGACACCUAUAUCUGAUUUCCAAUCGCAGCCUAGCGAAUCCUCAACUACAGCGAACGAUAAAUACAGUAUCUUUCGAGAAAUAACUGUGAAACCUGAUAAUAAAUCCCAGUUUACUUUCCAAGAACCUACAUCUGAGGAUAUAGAUGAUGAUUAUGGUGCCUUCAAACACUUUGACAACGAUCCAUCAUUAACACCUAAGAAUCAAGGAGAAUAUAAUUUGAUGAGUGAUUCUAGUGUUAAUCAGGAACACCAAGACAAUUUCAAGCCUACUCCUGCACCGGACAAGCAACCUAUACUUGGAAUUAGUAAUUUUAGUGCAAUCGAUGCAUCUAUCUCUGAUUGGCAAGUUACCACUGAGAGCUCGAAAUCUAAUCAAAUCCACAAUGAACUCUUAUAUGAUCCUAAUAAGAUCGAAACCAAGAAAUCUGCAGCUUUAUCAUAUGAUCCUUAUGCUAUUCUUAAGCAUGUAAAUGAACAGUCGCCUAGUAAAGAAGAUAGCCUUAAAAACCCUAAGAAUGUCCCAGUUACCGAUACGAAUGAAUUUGAUGAUUUUGGAGAGUUCAAUUCAGCUACUACAGCUUCAUUUAAUGCGAACCUUCCAACCAAUAUCAAAUCUAAUAAAGAAUUUACUGCUAUGUCGGAAAAGGCCAAAGAUAAUUUUAAGGCAAGUUCUGUGUCAAAUUCCUUAAAUCAAAAUCAAGAAACUACGAAACCAGAUAAACAGUCGGAGGAAUGGUCAGAUUUUUCUACAUUUACCGUAACUAGCGUUGAUCUUGCGAAGGAUGGCAAAUUCAAGAAUGUAAACCAUUUCGGUAAUGAGUGUAAAAUAAUAAAUAGUAGCAGCAUUAGUGCUGGCAAUGCUAGUAUUUGGGACAAGAUCAGAUUAAAAUAUAUGGACUGUAGUAACUUUGUCCGUAAUUUUCAAUCUCUAGAAGAAGAAAAUACUUUCAACCUCAAACAUUUAGAUUCCAAUAACCUUGGCGAUUAUACGUUUACAAGUAACCUUCCAGACGUUGGCGGAGAUUUAAAUGAAAUUGGUUCUGAUAGUGUCCUUGAUAUCUUGCAGCCCGGAUCGACUGCUGACACUCAGAAAUUUCAGAGUCAAACCCUAAUAACGGCUGCAGGGAAGACUAGUGAUGUCUGUAUUGAAACUAGCUAUGAUAUUGAUCGAUAUCGAGCGUUAUCCAUAGAUGCUGAGCCCACAGACACUAUUUUCAAUAAAUGGCAUAGCUGCCUUGAAAAAGCUUUACAAGAUGUACAAAAUGGAAUUGAUGUCCUGCUGUCGACGAAAAAAUAUGAAAUAUUACAAGAAAUCGUCCAGUGCAAUAAAGGAUUAUUGUUCAUUAGAGCUUUAUUAGAGAUAUUUAAAGUUGUUUGUCGAAUUGAUGCUGCUGCUUCCCGCUCAGAUAUUGAUUUGCUUGAUGUCAAAGAUACAGUUUCAACUAUCAAACUAAAAUGGGUUCAACUUGUUCAAAAUAUUGACAAGUAUUCUGAAGAGCUGUCUAGCGAUUUUAAUUUCAAGUCCCAAUGCUUAACUGCUGGUGAAUUAGCUACAAAUUGCAAUCAUAUCGCUUGCGGAGUAUGCUUGCUUAAUGUAAAUAAGACAGAUCUAACGUCUGAGAACAUUAUUACCUACGGUGGAAGGAAGUAUCACUCUGGAUGUGCCAACUUUUGGUGUAACAGAAUUUCCUGCAUACUACCAGCAUUACAAGCGUUAGAACUAAGAUGA